AGGAAAUGGGCGGGGAGUCGUUGCCUGUUUAAGGGCCUCCCACCUCGCUCCGCCAUGUUCGGAGGCCCGCCCCCUCUCGGGGGCUCCGCUCCACUCCUGCCCACCCUUAGGGCCUCGGGGAGCCGCCGCGGGGACGCGCUCCAGCCGCCGCCGGCUUCGCCGCUCCUGCCGCCCGGGCCGCGGGACCUCCCGCUGCCACAGCAAAGAUGCUGAGCUUUUUCCGCCGAACCCUGGGACGACGGUCUAUGCGCAAGCAUGCGGAGAAGGAACGGCUAAGAGAGGCCCAGAGAGCUGCAACCCAUAUCCCUGCAGCUGGGGAUGCAAAAUCCAUCAUUACUUGCCGAGUAGCGCUGCUGGAUGGGACGGAUGUCAGCGUGGACUUACCGAAAAAAGCCAAAGGCCAGCUCCUGUUUGAACAAAUCAUGUACCAUCUGGACCUUAUAGAAAGUGACUAUUUUGGAUUAAGGUUCAUGGAUUCUGCACAAGUGGCGCACUGGUUGGACAACACAAAAAGCAUUAAAAAGCAAGUAAAAAUUGGCCCACCGUAUUGUCUACAUUUUCGUGUGAAGUUUUACUCAUCAGAGCCCAACAAUCUACGUGAAGAGCUAACAAGGUAUUUAUUUGUUCUGCAGCUGAAACUGGAUAUUCUUAGUGGAAAAUUGGAAUGUCCUUUUGACACAGCCGUCCAGCUGGCAGCUUAUAACAUGCAAGCUGAACUUGGAGACUAUGAUCCUGCUGAACAUGUGCCUGAACUGGUGUCUGAGUUCAGGUUUGUUCCCACCCAGACCGAAGAGAUGGAACUAGCCAUUUUUGAGAAGUGGAAGGAAUGCAGGGGUCAAACACCAGCACAGGCUGAAACUAACUACUUAAACAAAGCUAAGUGGCUGGAAAUGUAUGGUGUAGACAUGCACAUAGUCAAGGCAAGAGAUGGCAAUGAUUACAGCCUGGGAUUAACACCUACAGGAGUUCUUGUCUUUGAAGGAGACACAAAGAUUGGUUUGUUUUUCUGGCCAAAGAUAACAAGGCUUGAUUUUAAGAAGAACAAACUCACUCUAGUAGUUGUUGAAGAUGACGAACAGGGAAAGGAGCAGGAGCACACUUUUGUCUUUAGACUGGAUCAUCCCAAAGCCUGCAAACACUUGUGGAAAUGUGCAGUGGAACAUCAUGCUUUCUUCCGGCUCCGAGGUCCUGUCCAAAAAAGCUCAAGUCGAUCAGGUUUCAUUCGGUUAGGAUCCCGGUUCAGAUACAGUGGGAAAACAGAGUAUCAAACGACCAAGACCAAUAAGGCCAGGAGAUCAGCAUCCUUUGAAAGAAGGCCCAGCAAGAGAUACUCAAGACGAACACUGCAAAUGAAAGCACAUGCUGCUAAACUGGAAGAAACAAGUACUGCAAACAAUGCAGUUAUACACCAAACUAAUGGAUCACAAAGCUGGAAUGCAAAACCAAACCUACCUGUCCUAACAGCGGUUCCUUCUGCCCCAGUCUUAGUGGAAAUAGAAAACCUCCCAAGGAGCCCAGGAGCCAGCCAGCAAGACAAGAAGUGCAUACCUUUUGUUGAUUUGCUAGACAGCACAGAGUUGCCAGAAACUUGUGUUGAUGAUGCAAUAGGUCAUCCAGUUGUUGGCUUGGCAACAGGAGAUUCAGAAGAGGCUGUUAGUUGCCCCCAUCCUGGCACAAAGGAAACUGCUACUGAAAAAGCAGACUCUGAUUCAUUUGAAGACACAUUCCUAAAGCUGAAACAGCUGGAGACAGAAUGCAGCAGCCCUGUGCUACCGGAGCAUCCUAAUGUGAACAUAAAUGUGCAGGAUGAAGUGGUGAAGUUGACAGAUAAAUGUCUUAACAAUGCAAUUGAGAGCCCAGUCGUAGCAGCAACGUGGCUUCCAGCAGAUAUCAAAAGUAAUAUCCUGAAGGCCCAGGCAGAAGUAGGGCACAAGGUCAUAAGAGAAGACAGCCUGACAGGUGUCAAGAAUUCCAAUGUUCAGGAUGCUGCUGCCAGGAACAUUAUCCCAUCAGGCAAAACACAGAGUAGUCCCCCAACAACCAGUCCAGUAUUUCUGGACCCAGGAGAGCUGCUGAAAGCAAUCCCUGCCUCAAACAUCUUUGUUCUUAAUGCACUGAAUGAGAACCAUGCUGCCUCUAACCAUGAGGACCUGCUGACUCCAGCUAAUCUGGCUCCACCUGAGGAGGCUGCUGUUUCAAAGAGCACUCCAGAUGAUCAUGACGUUUCCUUAACAUCACUGACAGAGAAUCUAAUUGACUUUACAGAAGCCACACCUCGGGUGUCCUCCCAGCCCGUGAUAACACCGAGGUGGAUAGUGCCAACUGGACUUAUUCCCAAUGGACCUUUGGGAAAUGAUGUUGCCUUAGCUAUGAAGGCAGUGAAAGGCAGCAUGGAGACCCUGUUGUCAUCAGCUGGAUUGCCACCACCCCAGCAGACAUCUGAAAUCCUUGCAAGCUGUGUUUCUGAGGAUACUACAAUAAGAACGAAGUGUUUACUUACCACAGAACUCUAGAAGGAGUUUCUGCACCUUCCCACUUUGUAGAAAGUCAAAUCUUCUAACACACCUCCAAGGUAUCCUUCAAGAAGGCUUGCUUGGGUUCUUGCUGAACAGGAGUCAAACAGCCUGCUGGUUUGCUGGGAUCCAGGAAGAGACUUCUACAUUUAUUGCAAUCUAACUGGAAUUACUGUCAAAAUCAGAAUGUAAAACCAAUGCACGUUUGAUCUUCUCCUCAGGGAGAAGUGAAGUACCACACUGGAACUAAUUCUGAACACGAGGAACAGAAUCUGGUUGUGUUCCAUUCACGCUAGGUUUAGUCUUGCGUACCCUGUGCUGCCUCUCAGGUGUUAAUGGGAAGCGUUCACUGUGAAGUUAGUGUUGUAGCGUGCGACCACAGUGUAGAAGUGUGAGCACAUAUCCCUAUCUCUCUAGAUUAACAGUGGAAAGAUUAGGAGAAUUUGUAGGGCCACCUCGUGGCCGUGCUAUGUACACAAUAUUCUCACAGUACUGAUGACUGCUUCAUACAGCCAAGGACAUUUUCUUCUGUGUGAUUAUACACUGUUUUUCCUUUGUUUUACCAACACAUACUCUCCUUUUUGGCCUUAAACCCCUUAAUAAUCUUUGCACCUCUUUUUACAGUACCUGGAAAGAAUGAAAAUCUAGUCCAUCCAUGAUCAACUGUGCUGACUGGAUUUGAGCUGCAAUUUGCAACCAGGAAAAGGAAAAUUAACCUGCCAAACAACUUUUAGCAUUAGCAGGCUACAGCAGAGGUCCCGCAUUUUGACACUGAUUAUUUGAUUUCCUGUAUGACUCAAAUACACAUGUUCUAGGCUAGAGGUAUGUCUGUUUUAAAUGCUGAAGCAGUGAAGGCACUUCAGGAACUGCUUAUUGGUUAGU